AUGACCCCUCGGUGGCUUCAGCUCUUAAGCUGUCUGCUCCUGGUGCUCAUCUUACAGCCAGCGGCUGCAAAGAAGAAAGAUGGACCCAAGGUAACAGCGACGCGCGUAAAUAAUGAACCAUUCGGUCUGUUCUAUUUCGAAGACUCGGACACCGUUGUCUUCCAUGAUCUGGAGGAAGCAAGUCUUCAAUGCUCCUUCGAUGGAGGUGAACAUUGGGAAGCCGUCCAGGGCGAGGAUGGUAGCAUGGUCGGACAAGUCGCUGCUGUUUACCGCCAUCCGUAUGAUAAGCACAGAGCCUAUGCUCUAGGCACAAUUGGAAGGAUCUGGAUUACAAAGGAUCAGGGAAAGACGUGGGAUCCCACCGAUAUUGACGCGAUUCCUACGCCGUUUCGCCCUCCGCUUUCCUUCCAUGGAUGGGACUCAAAACGGGUGAUCUUUGAAGGUCAGGACUGUACGGGCUUCGGUUGUUUUACCAGAACAUUCUACACGACUGAUGAUUUCAAGACCGUACUACCUCUGCGAGACAAUGUGCUCGGGUGCACCUGGGCGGUCGGGCAUCCUCAGUUCGGAGAAUACUUGGACGUGUCAGAUGAGAUUGAGGACCGCAUCUUGUGCAUUGUCCCGGGUUUGAAAGUCCCCUUUGGAUAUGCCAAUCGCCUCAUAUAUUCAGAUGAUUUCUUCCUUGAUGACAAGGAUGGGAUUGAGGUGCAAUUGGAGCACGGCCGGCCCGUUACCGGUAUCAUUAGCACCGCCACGGUUAAAAAGUAUCUGGUGGCAGCGGCAAAAUCCCAGGGUACGGACGAGCUCGCCCUCUACGUUACGGAUGAUGCGAAGAUAUGGCAUCGAGCGGAGUUUGGCGGUCACAAGAUUGAACAGGACGCCUAUACCAUUCUAGAAAGUACCAACUACAGCAUUCAGGUCGACGUUUUGACAACCGAUUAUGAAAUUGGCAUGGGCGUACUUUUCACCUCGAAUUCGAACGGUACUUAUUUCACACGCAACAUCGAGCAUACCAACCGCAACGACCUCGGCCUGGUGGACUUUGAGAAGAUCGCCAACAUCCAGGGUAUUGUGCUGGUCAAUGUUGUGGAUAACUGGAAGGAAGUGGAAAUGGGUAGCGGAGACAAGAAAAUUAUCAGUCAAAUAAGUUUCGAUGAUGGGAGGACCUUUCAACCGCUGAGGGUUGGGGAUAAGGAUUUGCACCUGCACUCUGUCACUGCGUUCGCCAAUGUGGGCCGUGUGUUCUCAAGUCCGGCACCUGGCCUGGUCAUGGGCGUGGGGAACAUAGGCAAGCAUCUCAAGGAUUACUCAGAAGGCGAUCUUUACGUCUCCGAUGAUGCAGGUGUCACCUGGCGCCGUGCCCUUGAGGGGCCCCAUAAAUACGAGUUUGGUGAUCAGGGCGCCGUCAUCUUGGCAGUUCCGGAUGAUUCCAGGACAGACAAGAUUAAAUACUCUAUUGAUCACGGCAAGGAAUGGGAAACUUUAGAUCUCAAAGAUAAGAUCCAUGCGAAGAUGCUUAUAACGACACCUGACUCUACUAGUUUGAAAUUCCUCCUCGUUGGCGCCAUUGAUGAUGGUGAUGAGAGUGAAAGCAUCGUGUAUGCGAUUGACUUCAGCGGCCUCCAUGAGCGAAAAUGUGGGAAGGAUGAUUUUGAAAAAUGGCCGGCUCGCUUGGAUGAGAAGGGUGAGCCUGAUUGUCUGAUGGGACACAAGCAAUUCUAUACCCGUCGGAAGGCCAACGCCGACUGCUUUGUGGAUGAAGAAUUCAUAGACCCGCAACCCAUCUUCGAGCCGUGCAAGUGUACCGUUGAAGACUUUGAAUGCGACUACAAUUUCAUUCGCACUGAGGAUGGGAAAAACUGUACCCCCGCCAUACCUCUGUCGUAUCCACCAUCACAAUGCCAGGAUCCAAGCGAUACGUACAAGGGCCCAUCCGGCUGGAGGCUGAUCCCAGGAAAUGCCUGUAUCCGGGAAGGUGGCAUGAACCUCGACAAGGAGAUCGACCGGCCCUGUGGCGAGACUCCUGAUGUGCCUGCAGAUGGCUCGAUUACUGUGAAAAAGAACUUCUUCAAAUCCAAGACCUUCGGCGAAUAUUACUAUCUGGAACGGCAACCAAGCAAUCACGGAAAUGACGAGACUGUUGUCAUGCGCACUAAAUCCAAUGAGCUUUACAUAUCCCAUGACCAUGGCAAGACUUGGGAGCAGCCCCUUGAGGAUGAGAAAAUUACUGAAAUUAUCCCCCAUCCCUAUUACAGUGAUGGCGCCUUUUUCCUCACUUCUGGCAAGAAGGGCUACUGGACCGUCGAUCGCGGGUAUACGGUAAAACCCUUCGAGGCGCCCACCCAGAAGAACGAAGAGCACAUUUCAGUUCUCGGCUUCCACCCCAAGUACAAGGACUGGCUCAUUUGGACUGGUGCUGCAGACUGCGGGACUGGGGACUGCCACUCCGAGGCCUAUAUCAGCAAGAAUCGGGGAAAGAACUGGGAUUUACUUCUCCGGUAUGUGCAGAAAUGCGAAUUUGUGAGCAGGGAAGAUCGGGAGGAAAGCGAUGAGCUCUUGUUCUGUGAACAGUUUGAGAAGGAGAACCGAGACAAUCCCUUGCAGUUGUUGUCGAGCAGCAACUUAUUUGCCGAUAGUAAUGUGCAUUUCACGGAUGUUGUCGAUUUUGCCACGAUGUCUGAAUUCAUCAUCGUGGCCUCUCGAGACAGCGAAAAUCAGAACUCCCUGAAAGCCAGUGCCAGCGUUGACGGUAGGGUUUUCGCUGAUGCGGAGUUUCCUAUUAAUCUUGAUGUGCCUAUUCAGAAGGCCUAUACUGUUCUGGAUAGCUCGACGCAUGCUGUGUUUCUCCACGUUACUGUGAACAAUAUGGAAGGUUCUGCAUACGGGUCACUCAUCAAGAGCAACAGCAACGGCACGUCCUAUGCCCUCAGUCUCAAUGCAGUGAACCGGAAUGAUGAUGGAUUCGUUGAUUUCGAAAAGAUGCAGGGUCUCGAAGGUGUAGCGGUUGUAAACGUGGUGGGCAACGUGGAGAGCAUGGAGGAAAAGGGGGCAGUCAAAAGGCUCAAAACAAUGAUUACCCACAACGAUGGGGCUCAAUGGACUUUACUUUCUCCUCCGGCGAAAGAUGUGGGAGGCAAGGACUUCGGAUGCUCCGUCAGAAACGGCAAACCUACCGAUAAAUGCUCUUUGCAUCUUCACGGGUAUACAGAACGCAGAGAUCCCCGAGAUACUUUCUCUUCGGGUUCUGCUAUUGGGCUCAUGAUGGGCAUCGGGAACGUUGGUGAAUUCCUGGAGGGCAGAGACAACUCAGAUACAUUCCUCACCUGUGACGGCGGCAUUACGUGGAAGUCCGUCAAGAAGGGUAGAUACAUGUGGGAGUAUGGGGAUUCGGGCUCGGUGAUUGUUAUCGUUCCGGAAUCUACGCCGACCAAGGUCCUAUAUUACAGUAUCAACGAAGGGGACACGUGGGAAGAAUUUCAGUUCACGGAUGUCGACAUGCGGAUUGAUGAUAUUUCCACCCUCCCAUCCGAUACUUCGAAGAACUUCCUUCUCUGGGGAAGAGAGUUAGAGUCCGAUGAUAAGGACAAAGUUGCCACGAUCAAUGUCGAUUUUAGUGGGCUACGGGACAGAUCCUGCAGACUGGACGAGAAUCAGGGUGACGAUGACGACUACGAGCUUUGGCAGCCGUCUCAUCCGCUCCAGGAGGACAAUUGCCUGUUUGGUCACAUUGAACAGUACCACCGUAAGAAACCGUCAGCACAAUGUUGGAAUGAUUGGCGCGGGUCACACAUCCACAGUGUCAGCCACAAUUGCACCUGCACAAGGGCAGACUAUGAAUGUGAUUAUAACUACGAGCCACAAAGCGACGGUAGUUGCGGUCUUGUUCCUGGCCUCCCUAAGCCAAACGCCAUAGAAACUUGCUAUGGGGACCCUGAUGCUGUCGAGUACUGGGAACCCACUGGUUAUCGUCGCAUCCCACUGACGACAUGCUCGGGCGGCCUGAAUCUUGACCAUCUGGUCUCAAAGCCUUGCCCCAGCAAACAGAAGGAGUAUAAGAAGAAGCAUGGAAUCAGCGGCGUGGGACUCUUCUUUGCUAUCGUAACCCCGAUCGCUGUCGCAGCGGCGGCUGGAUAUUACGUCUACAGCAGGUGGAAUGUCAAAUUUGGCGAGAUCCGACUUGGCGAGGAGCCCAGUUCAGCCGGUGGCCUGUUCUCGCGUGACUUCCGUCUCAUAGAGAUCCCGAUUGCCAUCAUUGCGGGCAUCGUGGCUGUCGCCAAGGCCCUUCCUCUUCUAGCGACGAGCCUGUGGCGCAGUGCAAGCGGGUACAUUCGUCUUGGACGAGGGAGAGGGUACCAGCGACCGUAUUUGUCACGGGCUUCAUUUGCAGCCCGGAGAGGCGAUUACACUAGCGUCGUUGAAGACGAGGAUGAGCUGCUCGGUGUAGAGGAUCCUGAUGGUGAGGAGGAUGAGGAAGCUUAA